CACCGUAAUGCGUCCUAGUUAGAAUUGUUUAUCGAUAGUACCACAAUCAACUAAAGAAGCAGUCAGUACAGCUGAUUUUUCAAUAAUUUUUAUGGAUCGUAAAGACAACACAGGGAUGAGGUCCCGUCCCCAGCAAGUCUCGGUCCCUCCCCCAGCCUUCCAAGUCCCCGAGCCCCAGUCUCUUAGCGAGGGAACGUCAGUACAAGUGUCCGAGGACGAUGACUGUCGAUCUAAUUCCGAGUAUUUCAUACUGAGGCUAAAUUCGAAUGUCAGUCGUAAUAGUGUGGCGUCUAACGGCGACGUAGAAACGGACAGUCAUGUGUCUUCAUUUUUUACGUCAGACUUAUCAACUUGUGAUGAUGAUUUAGAACAUGACGGAGAAACUCAAACUUCACCAUCGAUUGUGUCAUCGACCUUAUCACAUUUGUCAUCACUUUCAUCAGUUUCCACGGAUUUUUUGUCAUCAAUAUCAUCGAAUCCUUGUAGCCGACCUUCUUCAGAGUCGUGUUUCCUCGCAUCCAUGACAGAAACAGAUUCUGUCAGUGACAACAUGUUAUUUGCCGAUUCCAAGCUCUCAAUGUGGACCCCGAACACCCCACCACAGAUCCCCAUUUCCCAACGCCGGGCCCCCAUCACCCCACAACGAACCCCUAGUCUUGUUGCUUCAAAACUUUCAGAACUUAGAGAAGAUUUUCAUGUGUCUCCGGGAUUUAAUGUUUCUCCUGGAUUCAAUGUGUCGUCAGGAUUUAAAGUGUCUUCGGGUGCUAACAUCCCCUCUAGUUCUUUAGGAACACAGAGUCAAUAUCCUGAAUAUGCCGACGAACAAAACCGACUAGACUCUUUCAAGCACUGGCCCGCUCAUUUAACCCAAACAAGUCAUCAGAUGGCUUUUGCUGGAUUUUUCUAUACUUCAUUCAGUGAUUGGGUUCGCUGCUUUUGCUGUGGAAUCGGUGUUCGCAACUGGGCGGAGGAAGAUGACCCCUGGGUCGAGCAUGCGCGAUGGUCUCCAAGAUGUGCUUACGUACGUCUAAUGAGGAAUCCCCAGUUCCUGGAUGACGUAGAACGUGCUGUGCAGGAGAGAGAAGAGCAGCAGGAGAUAAGAAAUCAAGCGAAUGUACCACUUGCAAUACCCUCCCGAGUUGCAGAAGAUAUUUCAGAUGUCAAAGCUAGUACUAGUAAUCCAAAGACUGCCGAGGAAUACCCCGAGAAAACACUGGAGAAAAAUCCACUCUUAACAGAUGCUGCCCAAACCGUGUUAGACAUGGGGUUCCUACCCAAACAAGUCAAACGAGCAAUAGAUGUUGUCCUUCAAACGAAAACAUGGCAGAAAAUGACGGCAGAAGAUAUUAUUGACGUUCUGACCGAGAUUGAACAAGACAGCGCAGACUCAUCCUAUAGUCAGGAACCGGAAACAGGAAACGGAAAUCUUACCGGAGAUAUGGAAAAGCUUAAAGAGAGAAACGAAGACUUAAAAGAACGAACACUAUGCAAAAUGUGUUGUAUUGAGAAGGUCUCCAUUGUUUUUCUUCCCUGUGGUCACUUGGUCAGUUGUGGUCAAUGUUCCCCCGCGCUCAGGAAGUGUCCUAUGUGUAGAAAGGAGAUCAAGGGCACGGUGCGGGUCAAGUUUGACUGAAAGUAU